AUGCUUCUAUCCGGAGUAUGCCCACCAGUCAUGAUGGCCUCUACACACAACCCACAGUUGCGUCUGCUUAAUGCUCUGCGAGGUGGAACAAAGCCUAUAAUGACCUUUUUAGGGCUCCCCUCUUUCCGCACAGCACAAAUUGUAGCCCAGACCGGCCUCGACGGAAUCAUCAUCGACUGUGAGCACGGUCAUAUCAGCGAUGACUCGAUGCAUAGCUCGACAGCCGCAAUCGCAGCAAUGGGAGUGUCGCCUCUUGUUCGCAUCAGAAUGACACACUCGGAUUUGAUUAAAAGAGCAUUAGAUGCUGGUGCACAUGGUAUCGUUGUCCCUCAAAUCAAUACCGCUGAAGAGGCCAGGUCUGUUGUCUCUCAUGCCAAAUUCCCUCCACUGGGUGUUCGGGGACAAGGCUCAGCGUUUCCAGCAAUCGCUCAUGGGAUUGAUAUCCCGACGUAUAUGAAAACGGCCAAUGAAACUAUUAUCACUUGUAUCCAGAUUGAAUCAAUAGGAGGCGUUGAAAACGUUGAUGAGAUCUGUGCUGUACAAGGUGUGGACAUGAUUCUGAUUGGACCAAAUGAUCUUGCAUUGUCCAUUCUUGGCUAUGUUCCUGCGAAAGGGAGCGAGGCUGAGUUUGUCAGCGCCAUUGAGAAGAUUGUGGCCGCGGCUAGAAAACAUGGUAAAUGGGUCGCCCGGUUGUCGAACAAUGGCGCUUUAUGUAGAGAGCAUUUGAAGGUGUUCGAUACUGUGGCUUUGAGUUAUGAUAUUCGGGCAAUCCAGAGUUGGUACACAGCUGAGCUCCAGGUUGCGCGGUCAUAG